GAGAGGGAGACAGAGAGAGCAUAGAGCCGGAUGAGAAAAAGAAACAGACAGAAGAAGAGUUAGAAGUGAGGUAGGAUAGAGACGCUGCUAUGAUGGUGAGGUGGAGUAUGUGUCGCAGUUCCCUGGCUCUGCCAGCAUGUGGACUACCCAGUGCCCGCCACAACUCCAGUAUGCCGGUGGUGCGCCAGGCUCUGUCCCCAGACAACAGCAGUACGGUCCAGAACUUCAGUGAGAUCCCAGGUCUCUGGAGAAACGGACUUGCCAACCUCUACAGUUUCUGGAAACUAGAUGGAUUCAGGAACAUCCACAGAGUCAUGGUGCACAACUUCAAGACCUUCGGUCCAAUAUACAGGGAGAAGAUAGGCUACUAUGAUAGUGUAAACAUUAUAAAGCCGGAGGAUGCAGCCAUCCUGUUCAAGGCAGAAGGACACUACCCCAAGAGGUUAACGGUGGAGGCAUGGACCUCAUACAGAGACUACAGGAACAGGAAAUAUGGAGUCCUGCUCAAGAAUGGGGAGGACUGGCGAUCCAACAGGGUGAUUCUGAAUAGAGAGGUGAUCUCUCCCAAGGUGUUGGGGAACUUUGUUCCUCUGUUGGAUGAGGUUGGACAGGACUUUGUGGCCCGAGUACAUAAGAAGAUAGAAAGGAGUGGACAGGACAAAUGGACCACCGAUCUUUCUCAAGAACUCUUCAAAUACGCUCUGGAAUCGGUGGGUUCAGUUCUGUAUGGGGAACGUCUGGGCCUGAUGUUGGACUACAUCAACCCUGAGGCCCAACACUUCAUUGACUGCAUCUCUCUGAUGUUCAAGACUACCUCUCCCAUGCUGUAUAUCCCCCCAGCCAUGCUGAGGAGGGUAGGAGCCAAGAUCUGGAGAGAUCAUGUAGAGGCCUGGGAUGGCAUCUUCAACCAGGCUGACCGCUGCAUCCAGAACAUCUACAGGACGAUGCGUCAGGACACUAACACCCACGGGAAGUAUCCAGGAGUCCUGGCCAGCCUUCUGAUGUUAGACAAGCUGUCUAUAGAGGACAUCAAGGCCAGUGUCACUGAACUGAUGGCUGGAGGGGUAGACACGACAUCUAUCACCCUGCUGUGGACUCUAUAUGAGCUUGCCAGACACCCUGACCUCCAGGAAGAGUUGAGGGCUGAGGUGGCUGUAGCCAGACAGUCUACCCAGGGAGACAUGCUACAGAUGCUGAAGAUGAUACCGCUGGUCAAAGGAGCGCUGAAGGAAACGCUGAGGCUUCAUCCAGUUGCAGUCAGUUUACAGAGAUACAUUACAGAGGAAAUCGUCAUUCAGAACUAUCACAUACCUUGUGGGACUCUGGUCCAGUUGGGUCUCUAUGCGAUGGGUAGAGACCCAGAUGUGUUCCCCAGACCUGAGAAGUACCUCCCGUCCCGCUGGCUGCGGACAGAGAACCAGUACUUCAGGAGCUUGGGCUUCGGGUUUGGACCCAGACAGUGUCUAGGACGGCGCAUAGCUGAGACGGAGAUGCAGCUCUUCCUUAUACAUAUGCUGGAGAACUUCAGAGUAGAUAAACAGCGUCAGGUGGAGGUACACAGUACCUUCGAGUUGAUCUUGUUGCCAGAGAAGCCCAUUCUUCUGACCCUGAAGCCUCUAAAGAGUGGCCAGUGACAUCAUGAAGCCUCUACACAGUAGCUGGUGACAUCAUGAAGCCUCUACACAGCAGACGGUGACAUCAUGAAGCCUCUACACAGCAGACGGUGACAUCAUGAAGCCUCUACACAGCAGACGGUGACAUCAUGAAGCCUCUACACAGCAGAGACAUCAUGAAGC